UCUUCUUUUCCGAUUUAAGAACGCAACCAGCAGAGAUAUGUUCAGCGCUAUUAAAUCCCUUUCGAUUCAAAAAAAACCACCAGUUUCCACUCUCUUGGCCACCUCUAAUACCUUCGCCGGAAAAGCAACUCCGGUCAUCGGAACUGUGAGAUUCCAACGGGCAUCCGCCGGAUCUGAAGAACCAGAUAACAUGGAGAAGAAUCAACAAGCUAAGGAACCAGAAAAAAGGGGGGAUGUGAUGUCACAUUCGUUUGGGGAAGGAUACGCGACGAGAUCAGAUGAAGAAGGAUUCGGAGGAAUCUACGGGAGGAACCAGUCGCUUUCUCAUGAAGACGAAGAGAAGGUCGUUCAUGGCAAUUCUCCUGAUUACGAUAAGACGCAAGGAAGCGAGGUGAAGGAGAAGGAAAGGAGUCGACACCAGACCCAAGCCAACUCUUGAUUCAGGCGGUACAGUACAGACGACAUAGGGUUUAGGGUUUAUGGCUUAAAUGAAUCAGAAGCAACGAUGUUAGUGGGUUUGGAAGUUUGUGAUCUGUUACGUUUCGAAGACUACUGUUUUACUUGAUGUUUGUAAUCGCUUUGUUUCUUUAGUUGCUUCAACAACGUAUUUCGUUGGGCCA